AUGUUUUAUUAUUUAUUCCUACUAUAUUUAUCAAUAAAUUCUAUAUCAACCCAACAAAAUCAAUGUAUUUUACUAAAUAAUAAAUUAACAAAAUAUAAUCUUAAACAAAAUUUCCAUCAAAUAUCCAAUACACCAGGUAUACGUUUAUGUCAAGGUUUAAUUAAUGAUCGAUGUUGUCCACAAAUCUAUGAAGAUCGUAUACAAAAUGCAACAGCUAUUGAAUUAUAUCAACUAUUUGAAUUAUAUACAAUAAAUUUAUAUGAACCAUUACUACGUUUAACAAAUGAUUUAAAUAAUACUUUUAUAAAAUUAAUUGAAUAUAGUCGAAAUGAAACACAUUUAGUUUUACAACGUGGUUAUCAUAAACUUUAUCAAUCGUAUCAGUUAUCUAUCGAUAAAUUUUUUAAUAAUCUUUUAACGUUAACAUAUCGAACAUAUCAACAUGAUAUAAGAACAUAUGUUGAUCAAUUAUUUCGUAAUAUUUUACAUAUAUCAUUAACAUUGGAUGAUAAAAAAGAUAUAAAACCAACAUAUUUUUCAUGUCUAUGGAAAAAUCAACCGUUUGGAAAUCAUCCAAAUUUACUUGAAAAACAGUUGGAUGUAAAUUUAGGAAAAUUAUUUCAUUUAAAUGAAUUAUUUCAAUUAAGUCAUGAACUUGUUCAAGUUUUGUCCACAAGUGUUACAACGGAUUAUCAUUGUAUCGAUUCAUAUAUGCAACUAUCAUAUUGUAAUCUAUGUAGUGGACGACAUGAAUUACCAUGUUUAAAUAAUUGUAUGAAUAUUAUCGAAAGUUGCCUUGUUAAUAUAACCUUAAUCGAUGAUGUAUGGAGAAAUUUUAUCGAUGCUAUUGAAAAUAUCGAUUAUUUUAAUAAUAUUGAAAAAGUAUUAUCAUCAAUUGGUUUGUCUAUAUCAGAUGCAGUUAUGACGUUUUUUAAUUCAGGUGGAGUACAAAACAAAGAUGUCAUCGAUCAAUGUGGACAUAUACGUGUACGACGUGAAGCAUAUACUAUCGAUCAAAAAUCAAAUGACGAAUAUAGUAAAACUGUACCAUUAUCUUUAUUAGAUCGACAACUAAUUCAUAUGAGUCGAUCAUUGCAUACAUAUCGUUCGUUUUGGAUGAAACUUCCUCAACAAAUUUGUCACUCAACAGGAAUUUCAGCAUUAAAUGGAACAACAUGUUGGACAGGAAGUUCAAUUUCACGAGACGGAGGAUCUUCUGUUCGAUCUCAAUAUGAUAAACCAUUGAGUUUAAGAUUACAAAGGAUCUUGAAAGAAAUGAAACAAAAAUCGGAAAUGAUUGGAAAUAUACGUCGAACUACGUCAGUACUCAAUAUGAAAUCAACAACAACAACAACAGAUUCAUCUUUAAUCAAUCAAUCGAAAGCAAAUUUAAUCAUUCAAAAUUUGACGGAUACAUUAAAAACUAAUGAACUUGAUGAUUAUCCAAAUGAUAAUGAAUUUGAUUAUUCAGAUUAUGCAUAUGAAGAUUCAACAGAUGAAAUAACAACUUCAACAACAACAACAACUCUUCGAUCAACAAUGAAAUUAAUAACAACAACAACAACAACAACGACAGUAGCAACAACUACGACAACAAGAAGAGCACCACUAACAACAAUAUCAACAACUCAUAUUGACGAUGAUCUAUCUGUUGAUGAUACUAAUACUGCUUAUUAUGAUUAUGGUGAUCAUGAACUCUAUAACGAUAAUGAAUUAGAAGAAAUCUCAACUACUGAAGAACCAUUUUUAAUAACGACGACUAGACGAAUAAUAACAACAACAACAACACCAUUUAAUUGGAAAGAUAGAAUACCAUUCUAUCAUAGACGGCCACCGGUUAUUUGGAAUGUUAAUAUAAAUGACAAUGAUGAACAACAAUCAGAAAAACAUGAACAGCGACGUAACAGUGGUUCUUCUCUUCAUUAUUCUCUUCUAUUAUUACUAAUAAUGUAUAUUUCUCGAGUCUGA